GGUUCCCGUUGUGAACUGCUGCCCCCAUCUGUGGUGGAGCCUAUUUAACUUCCCCCUCUUCAGCUGAUAAAUAUGUCGGGGUAUCAUAAUGAACAGUUAUGAACUGCUAAAUAGUGUGGUAUAUAUUUUUUUUUUACCAGCUAUAAGCCAUUCACGCGGGUCUGAUGACGCCGUGGCGUGACGUCACUGCGGCGGUUGGCCGUCGUUCUGCUCAGCGAUAACAAGGGAGGACAAGAGGAGAGAAGCAAGGUUUGUCUUUACACCGGGGAGAAUGCGCUCUCUCGUCGGACUAGCUGCUGUUGUGGCCGCAGCCAGCCUGUACCUCUACACUUUGUCCCUGUACCUCCCUGCUGGGCCACGGAGACGUCCUCAGCCGGGUCCAGCUGCUCAACAUGUGGAGGGGAGAGAGUCCGAGCAGAGCAGUGACACCUCCGGGGAACUCAGCAGGUUGAAGUUCCCAUCAGACCUGGAGGAGCUGCGGGAACUGGCUGAGCUCCUGCAGUUUUACAAAGCGGAGCACACCAGAUAUGUUCUGCUCCUGUUCUGCAGCGCAUAUCUCUACAAGCAGUCCUUUGCCAUACCUGGAUCGUCUUUCCUGAACAUUCUUGCAGGAGCUAUCUUUGGACCAUAUGAAGGAUUGCUCCUUGUCUGUGUGCUCACCACGGUGGGCUCCACCAUGUGCUACCUCCUGUCCCAAGCCUUUGGAAAACAUUACAUCGUGAAUAUCUUCCCAGAGAAAGUUUCCAUGCUACAGAAAAAGGUGGAGGACAACCGGGACUGUUUGUUCUUCUUUCUGCUCUUUCUGAGAUUCUUUCCUAUGACUCCCAACUGGUUCCUGAACAUGUCUGCCCCGAUAGUCAACAUCCCCAUCACAUUCUUCUUCUGCUCAGUAUUUAUUGGCCUGCUGCCCUACAACUUCAUCUGCGUGCAGACCGGCGUCAUGCUGUCCGAGGUGUCAUCGCUGGAUGACCUGUUUUCCUGGGAGCGCCUCCUGCAGCUGCUGGCCAUCGCCUGUGUGACUCUGGUGCCCAGCGCCCUCAUCCGACGCUUCAGCCAGAGACGUCUCAAACUGAGCGUCCAGCCCCAGAACAGACUUGACACAGAUAAGAAGGUGCAGUGACCCGCUGGAGUGUUUAUAGGUUUUUAUCGGCUCAGUUUUUGGUGCCUUCUGCCCUUCAGAGCAAACGUGUUCUAAGUGUCAGCUGUUGAGAAAAACUUUUGACACCCGACUGUGUCAUUGUUUCGGGUCCUGGAGUGCUUUUGCCCCUCCGGAGUCGUUUGGAGAUGAACAGAAUUUAUUGCUUUUCUAAAUCGUACAAAUGCAUUUGAUGGAUUUCUUUUUGCCGUUUUCUAAUUUUGGUGUUUUGUGGCUACAGUAUUUGGGCAUCGGAUGAAUGUACAGUAAUGACAAAGACAGGGGAGGCUUUUAGGGAAAUGUUUUUGUACUCAUGAUAACCAAUAAGAGUUCCUCUUCAGUUUAAACUUUGCGUUCAAAGUGCCUGUUGUGCAGUUUCUGGCCUUUAAAUUCUACCUCCAUGGAUUCACUGAAACAUUAAUGUUAAAACUGCGGAAGGCCCUCCCAUGUUUCUACAGAUAGUUCAGAUGAUGGUUUUAUGGGUUCAUACAUGUCCUUUUUCUGUUUGUAACUGAAAAACUGAUUAGUCUUAAAAAAAAAGAUCAGUCAGUCACGACAUUAAAACAUACCAGGCAUUGAAUGGCCAACCUUUUGACUCUAAAGCCAUUUGCACGAUCCACAGCCAUCACCCCACUGCCGCUUCAGGACAUCGAGAGUACCCCUCCUUGUAGUCCGAAGGGUCGGGGCUGUUUUAGUGGUGCAGAAAAAUCUUCACAGCCUAAGGUUUCAGUACAGGGGCAGACAGGUAGAAUUUAUUUUAUGUUUUGACCUAUCUAACUAUCUCAAUGUAAUUUUGCCUAUGGAAAUGCAAAAGACAGACAUAAACUAAUAAUUUGGUCUCAUUUUAAUGUUCAGGAGAAUCAGGCCUGUUUAUCAUCACAGUAUUUCACUGCAUACUUUACUGUAUCUGAAAUACAACGUUAUUUCAGACUUUGGGAAGCUUUACUAAGGUACAGACUUUCUCUUCAUUGUCUCUUUUUAUGUGCCUGUUAACUGUUUAUUCUGGGUAUAGUGUAAAACCUUUCUGUUGUGGGUUUUGGAAGAAUGUUUUGCAUCUGCCUUCUCUAUUAUCGAGAUGUAAAUGAUUUUAAGGGUAAUGUUCACAUUUACCAACAAAUCACAUUUUAAUCUAGCAGCCCUGCCAGAUUUAAUGGGAUCCCUGUAAAAGUAUUUUUUUAUUGCAGCAGCAAAAUCUAACAUCCAAAAUCUAGAAAAACCUCAUCAUUUAAUUUGAGUACAUCUAUUUAGUGUGGGAGAAUAGAAAAAAUAAUAACCGUCUUGUAAUUUGUUUUGUGUGUGUUUUUGCAAAAUUGCAGCUGCAACAGUUAGCGAUACCUGUAACAACAUUUCGUAUAAAAUGAAUGUCUUCAUGUGGGUCUUGGGUGUAAACAAGGGAUGGAUAUGUGGAAAAUACAAAAAUCAGACAACCUGUAUUUCUCUUAUAAAAGUCCUGGAGGUCUUGUUUGUGGAUGCCAGCAUGAGCCCUUUAAAGUGUCUGGAGGAUUUGAAAUAAAAAUUACACCAUGAGGCCAAAUCAGCACAAGUAUGGUUGAUAGGAUACCAGAUUUACCUUGUUCUAUGGGCUUCUCAGUUCCUACACCUUAAAUGGUACAGGAGAAAAUAAAGCGCUGUCUUCGUUAGGUAUAAGUGUGCUAAUAAGUGCGAUGUACUCAAAUUAGAGGUUGGAUUUUUCUAAAAUUAUUUAGUGUGAGAUUACGUUUCUCCAACUUUUUACAACUUUUUACAAACUUUUUACAAGGGUGCCAACAAACCCACUCGGUGCUGUAUGUGUGGACUUAGAUUGAAGCGAGAAAACUGCAUUUGGACCAUCGUUAUUUAUUUUUAUUUAAACCUGAGUUAGACCUGAUUAGCAGUAUUGUGUUCCGAGGGUUCGUCCUGUCGGGGGAGCUGUUGUAAUAUGAGAACUUUCUUGUGCUAUGAUCGGUUUUCCAGGUGCAAGUGUUUAAAGUAAUAAAAACAAAACAAGCUUUU